UAGCGUUAUGCUAUUUCUAGCUAGUUAUCACAAAAAUGAUAAGGAUUGCUUUAAAAUGAAGGUGAAAUUCUUGACGUUCCUUCUUCUACUGUGCACUGUUGCUGGUCUCUUGGCAAGUAUAAUGCCGAAUCUUAUGAUAUAUUCUAAGGUUAUCAAAUCAAUACGUCGCAUGCAUAAAGUCUCAGAGCAAAGGCCCGUUAGAACGAAUGAUGACUGGUACACAAAAAAUAUGAAAGCAAUACAACUUGAGCGACACCAAAGGCUACGAGAUGUUUGCAAGACCAAGGGGUAUGGCUCGAACUAUGACAGCGCCCUCAGCUCUGAUCAUCUUGGGUCAUUACGUCACGUCCUCGUUAUACCAGAACUCAAACUCCUCUACUGCUAUGUCCCGAAGGUAGGGUGCACAAGCUGGAAGACCCUCCUCCUGUUCAUGAGUGGACAUGCGUUCACACACAGCGCACACGACAAGGCCAACGCAGUUUUCCCGCCUCUUUCUCACUUUGGCGUCGACAAAGCGCGGGAAAUCCUGUCUGAAUACAAGAGUUUCAUGUUUGUUCGGAACCCCUUCACUAGGCUCUUAUCAGCUUAUCGCAACAAGAUCACGAUAGAUGGAAACGAUUCUUGGCGUACGCUGCUUUACGAGUGGCUUACCGCUACAGAUCCACGAGAAGCACAAUUUUACAACUCUUCGUCGACGAACUUCACUUUCACUAAUUUUGUUCGUUUUUACCUCUCAUCGUCUGACAAAAAUGAACACUGGAGGGAAAUUCAUAAAUUGUGUCUACCGUGUCACGUGCACUACGACUUCAUCGGAAUCUUUGAUCGACUCCAAGAAGACUCGACCUAUCUCAUCAGCACAAUUAACAAUGGUUCUCAUAUCAACCUCCCUUACCAACAGAGGAAAACGAAUAGUUCUGAAGACACGUCGUUACGCCGAUUUUACUCCAAUAUUCCCGUUGAUUUGUUACGACAGUUAAUGGCGGAUGAGGGAGUAAUGACGGACAUGGCAUUGUUUGGCUUUAGUGUACCGUCUGUUAUAACUGAAAUAAUAGACAAAAGUGCAUGAUUAAGUUUGGGCAAUUCAAUUCAAUCUUAAGCCCUUUCGUUCGAUAUUCGUUAUCAUUUUGAGCUUCGAAAGCUUUUGUUGGUUUUAGGUAAAAUAGUUCUCUAGCUAUCUCUUUAUCUUUGUAAAAUGCUAUGAGAAGUCCUUUGACGCACGUGAUUAGAUUAGAAUCUUUUUAUCAACAAAGUAUCAAUAUCCAUUAUCCUGUAUUUCAUAUGCCGGUGAAAAAUAGACUUAAAUCUUCAUGUUAUGUUUAAUACAUUUGAACGUAUACAAAUUUAGUUGAAGUUUAAAGUUAUCCCCUAACAAAAAAAGCAUUUCUCUUCAAUUUUCACAUUCUAUAAUUUUGUCAGCGCUAUAGAUUGUACUUUUUGUAAAUAUUUGAUAUAGCCUAACUAUCAGUUUUAUUAUUACAAAAACUUACUUUUAAAUGAUAUACUGUGUUUCCUUUUAUCUGUUUGUUCAUCCGCAUUGUUAUGAUUCUAUUCAUUAGAACUUCAAGCCAAGCCAAGUAUGAAGAAUACAUAAAUGCAUAAAAUGAUUUUUGCCUUAACUCUGUUUGCAUUUAUCCAAAUGUUCAGGCACAGUGCGUCCCAGAAAAAACGAAACCGAGGAUUAUCGAAGUUUAGUCAUAACUUAAUCUCAAUUAAUAAAUGACGCAUAUUGGUAAAGCUUAAAUUCUCCUCUUUCGUUUGAUGCAACUCAUAUGAUGCAUAUUGCACGCUUGAGGAAAGGGUAUCAAAAAGUCAUUUGGCGGACGGUAUCUGAAUUUCAAAGGAAAAACAA